UUACAGAUUGUGGUUCAUACUUUUCUUAGAAUGAAAGAAAUAGGAAAGAGACCCAACUGCCAGUUUGUACAUCAGAAUGUGAGUGAUGUGUCUGCUUAUGACAAGAACAUGAGAGACAGGAAGAAACUUCUGGAACAUCUGAAUGAAAUGACAAAAGUAGCUGCUGAGAUGGAAAACAAAAGUGAAAUCAAAAUUUUCAGUGAUGUGAUGAAUUACAAUCUGGAGAAAGACAACUGGUACAUUCCUGGGCUCUGGCUUGGGGUCCCACCAAUGACUCCAGUAAAUUCUGGGUACAGUGAACAU